AUGGCUCAUGGUGAUAAUGUAACGAAUGGUAACAUAGAUAAGGGAGGACUGACAUUCUUCGACCGUCUAGCUGAAGAUGCUGCUGAAGAGAAUCUAGCAAGCAGUAGUGGUGUCCUCUCAAGCAUAUUUGGACGAUUCUGGCGUAAUCAAAGCACUGCGGACUGCGAGCCUUCUGGUUCUGCCACAUUCUACCUGGGAGAAACAGCCUCACAGGAAAAAGAAGACGAAGCGGUUCCGGAAUCGUUUUCUACUAACAAUCCGUUGUCGUCAGGAGAAAAUGACAGCAGUGUUUCUGCUCCAUCAAAGGCGUUAGCUAAUGCUCAGGGCGAUGCUGACCGAACUUCUCCAAGCGUAAAUAGUUUCAAUAGCCAAGACAAUGAGAGAGCUCCGAGGAAGCUUUCCGAUAAGCUGACAAAUAUGUUCAGGAGUGGUUACAAGCCGGGACUGAUGGACUAUAACAGGAGCAACUUCCGACAAUACUGGAUGCCAGAUUCUACUGGAAAGGAAUGUUAUCAAUGCGAAGAGCGGUUUUCAACAUUUAGAAGAAGACAUCAUUGUCGACUUUGUGGUCAAAUAUUCUGCGCAAAAUGUUGCAAUAUUCAUGUGCCUGGCUCCGCCUUAGGCUAUCUCGGCGAUUUGCGUCUUUGUCAUUAUUGUGCGAAGAUGAUGGCGCAGUAUUUGCCCCCAGAGGAAGAGUGUGUGGAAACCGAAGAUAUAAAUGAUGGUUGUCCUCUCAAUGACGAAUCGCUAGUUCAAAGCAACGGUUCUCUAUCUAUUGGAAGGACUGUUUCAACCGUGUCAUCUGGUCAGUUCUGA